AUGGAAGGGGAAAUUCCGGACCUUGGCCACUCGUCUGCCCUAGCUUCAUCAAACACCCUAGACCAGCCUCACCAAAUUACACAGGCGCAAGGCAAUGAAGAAAUCAAUGCCUCAUAUUCGGCUCUUUCUGAGAAUGGUGCAGCCACCGUUGCACCUGAAGCCCUAGUCACCCCAAAUCCCAACACAUCUUCCGUAUCACCGCAGAAGCUCUCCGAAUCUACACCAUUACCAAUCUCAGACAAUCCUCUAGAUGCUCCGGAUGCGCCUCGAACAGGGGACGACGAUGGCGACAGGGAGGAUGAGGAGAUGGCAGGUACCGGAGAGGAGCCUGCAAAUGACAUUGGCAGCCCCAACAAGGAUGGAGACCAGCCUGGCAGCCCUGCAGAACCUACGGACGAAAAAACCGAUGGCCAGCCGACUCAAACGAAAGCCGAACUGGAGUCGGCCGCGCGAUCUCACCUCGUAGCUCAGAGAUAUGCGGUGGUCCUACCCAGCUAUAGCACCUGGUUUGACAUGCGCUUAAUUCACAAAGAAGAGAGAAAGUCCCUACCGGAAUUCUUCAAUAGCCGCAACCGAAGCAAAACACCGGCAGUCUACAAGGACUACCGCGACUUCAUGAUCAACACAUAUCGUCUCAAUCCCUCUGAAUACCUCACCGUCACUGCCUGCAGGCGUAACCUUGCAGGAGAUGUUUGUGCCAUUAUGAGAGUCCAUGCGUUCCUCGAGUCAUGGGGGUUGAUCAAUUAUCAGAUCGAUCCUGACACAAGGCCAUCGAGCAUUGGUCCGCCUUUUACCGGCCAUUUCCGUAUAGUAGCGGACACACCUCGUGGUCUGCAAACUUUCCAGCCAGCAUCAGACGUCAAAUACGAGCCGGGCAAAACCUUUGUUGGUACCGAGAAUGCUCUUCUCAAAGCCUACAAGGAAGCUCCGCCCCAUGAGAGGGAGAAUCUUAAUCUCGAGAUCCGCCGAAACAUCUACGAUCAGAAAGGCAAGGAUCUCACGGCAGAUCUUAAAGACAAACAAGCCAAUGGUGGGGAACACUCCUCUAAUGGUGCGCCUUCCGGCGAUCUCUCUACGAAGACUAUUGAGGACAUAGCCAAAGAGCCAAAGAGAACCAUAUAUUGUGCUUCUUGCGCUAUAGAUUGCUCGCGCCUCCGAUACCACUACGCUCAGACCCUCACUGAUCGUGGCAAACAGAACAAUGUCUUUUUUGAUAUUUGUCCGGCCUGUUAUCAGAACCACCGAUACGAUCAAAAGCAUGAGUCUAUAGACUUUGUCAAGUUUGAGGAUCCCAAUUACUCCGCUGUAGCCGAUAAGGAUGCGCCAUGGACCGACGAGGAAUUGCUCUUGCUCCUGGAAGGCCUCGAGCAGCACGACGAAAAUUGGAACAAAAUAGCCGACCACGUCGGUAGCCGCACCCGUGAAGAAUGCGUCGUCAAAUUCUUGCAACUGGAGAUUGAGGACAAGUACCUUGAACCGGAAGUCAAUGGCCACCCAAGCUAUGGCCCACUCGAUAACGGCCGUGUUCCGUUUGCCCAGUCAGACAACCCGGUCAUGUCCGUUUUAGGGUUCCUAGCAGGUAUGAGUGAACCUUCCAUUGCUGCCGCAGCGGCAGGUAGAUCCGUAAAGGAAAUGGAGAAGGCUUACCGGAAACGCCUGAACAUCGGUGUGGGUGGAGACCACGCAGACAAAGGGAAGGACAAGGAAGCUAUGAAGACGGAGGAUUCCAUGGAAAUUGAUAACGUUGACAGCCCGCAACCGGAAGCUAACAAUCAGAUGGCUCUCUCGUCAGCAGAGAAACGGCAAGAUCCGUCGUCGUUUGCAGCAACAACGGCGUUCGCUACAUCUGCUGCUCGUGCCGCAGCGUUGGCUUCGAAUGAAGAGCGUGAGAUGACACGCCUUGUUUCCGCAGCAGUGAACACAACUUUGCAGAAAUUCGAGCUCAAGCUGCAGCAGUUUUCCGAGAUGGAAGCAAUGCUACAAUCUGAGCGCCGUGAAUUGGAGCGUGGCAGACAGCAACUCUUCUUAGACCGAAUGGCGUUCAGGAAGCGAGUGUCCGAAACACAAGACGCGCUUCGCGCGGCAAAUCAGAAGGGUGGAGAGGAAGCCGCGAGGAUGACACAAGAGGGAAUGGGUGAGAGAUUCGGGUUCCAGCGAGAGAUGUCAAAGGGGACUGUAGAACCAUAUGGGCCUGGUGAUACUGGGUACAAGAACAUCGAGAUUUGA